GAUUUUCGUCGAUUUCCCACUGAGUUCCUUUAUCCGCAGUUAAAUUAAAAUCUCGGUUCAUAGGUUCAAUCAUUGAUUGAAAAUGUAUUUAUAACAUUCCCUAGUUUUAUAUUUUUGUAUUAAAAGACUUUCUAGAGUCAAUUUUUCAAACCUAUCAAAUAAUGUUUUUGUAAUAUGAAGACAUUUUUAAUUAUCACUUUUAUUUUUGCUUGGAUAUCAAACAUUGUUGGAUUAGAAAAUCAACUUCAUUAUGUGAUUGAUGAUGUUCCUGGUGGUUCCUAUAAAUAUUACAGUCUAAUGUAUGAUGGCUUAAUCAAGAUUCAUUUAAACACACAAUCAGGGGAUGCUGAUUUAUAUGUAUCUCAAACGACUACAAAACCAACGUAUGAGCCUGACAGAUAUUGUUUACAAUCUACUACUUGUGGAGAAGACAUAGUUUACAUACCUCAAAGUUUUCAAAGACCAGUGAGUAUUGGCGUUUAUGGACACCCAUCGCAUGAAACAAGUCAUUAUAAAUUACUAGUUUAUCAAGUCAUAGAUCCUGAUGGAAAUAUUUUUUACGAUGAAAAUAUAGAUAAUGGAAAAGUUCGAGAAUCUCAUAAUCCCAAAAUGUUAGAGUACGAAAAUCAAAUGUUUUUGGAGGUCCUCCAAGAAGAUGGAUUAGUUAUCACAGCAAAGGGUUUAGGUCUUGAAACUGUCUUUAUGAAUAUUUUAAAAGCGUAUUCUGACCCAGGACAACUUGUUCUAGUUCUUGGUACUAUUGAUAAUGAAGAAACAUACUUUAUUGAUAAAUUGAGAAAACAAGGAGUGCAGCAUUUACCUCGAGUUAUAACAGCACAAUGUUUAGCAGAAGAAAGAGAUAUUACAUAUCUUGAAGGAGGAGUAUUGUUUAUAUCAGGAAGAAUAUUAGUGGUUGAUUUACUGAAAAAUCGAGUGCCAUUGAACCUAGUUAGUGGAAUACUCGUAUACAGAGCCCAUUCAAUUUUAUCUUCAUAUCAAGAAGCCUUUGCUCUUCGACUUUAUAGGCGAACUAAUAAGACUGGUUUUAUUAAAGCAUUCACCAGUUCAGCCUUAGCUUUUACCAUUGGAUUCGCACAAGUUGAACAAGUUAUGAAGAAAUUAUUUGUUAAAAGAUUAUAUUUGUGGCCACGCUUCCAUAAAAUAGUUAACGAGAGCUUAUCAAAAUGCAAGCCUGAAGUAUUGGAACUACAUGCAAAAUUAACGCCUAAAAUGGUGAAUAUACAAACAGGAUUGCUUGAUGUUAUGAAUUACAUGAUUCAAGAAUUGAAAAGACUUAAUAAAUAUAUUGAUUUGGAGGAACUGACUGUUGAAAAUGCUGUAGCAAAAAAGUUUCAUAAACAAAUACAAUUGCAACUAGAUCCAAUUUGGGACCAACUUAGUUUUAAAAGCAAACAGCUACUGUCUGAUUUGAAAACUCAAAGAUCAUUGCUCAUGUGUUUGACACAUCAAGAUUCUGUCUCUUUCUAUUCAAUGAUUAAUAGCUUACAAACUAUGGAGUAUGCCAUGAAAAGCAGUGGUUGGACAGCUUUAGACAUUGUCGAUGAUAUGUUCAAAAAUGCUAAAUUAAGAGUUUAUAACGAAAAAGGAGAUCUGCAACCAGAACCUAAUCCAAAGUGGACAGCAUUAACAGAAGUAAUAAUGGAAAUUCGUCAUGAUAUGGCAAAGAAGAAAAAAGAUGAUGCAGAGAAAAUACUUAUUCUUACUCAAGAUAGUAGAACUUGUAGUCAAUUGAAAAACUUGUUAACAAUGGGAGGUAAAGAAUAUUUGUUGUAUGAGGCAAUGAAACACUUGAAGCCUAAAACUAUCCAAACUGGUAAAAAGCCAGAGUCUAGUAGUAAAACAUUACCUUCACCUCAUAUUUCACAAUCGGAAACUGAAGCUCAAGAAAUUACGGAAGAGGAGCAGGAAAGUUACGUUUUGACGUUAACUCAACAUAUAGCAAGUGGUAAUAAUGAGGAUACUGAAGAUCUUGCAGGCUCUACAUCACUUAGUCAAUGUUUGGAAGAUUUUUCAGGACUUGCGGAUUUAGAUUUGACAACUAUAACGUCUAAAGAGCCUCUGAUAAUUAUACAGGCAAUUAAAAAAGGUGGCGAUUCAUUAUCUCUAAACAAAACUCUUGAUGAAGCAUUACCUAGUUAUGUUAUUCUGUAUGCAGCUGAUAUCUCGGCAGUUCGUCAACUUGAGGUAUAUCAAAAUAAACAUCCAUCGAUAGCUUUGAAAGUUUACUUCUUGGUUUAUGGUGGUUCUGUAGAAGAACAAGCUUAUUUGACUUCAUUGCGUAGAGAAAAAGAGGCAUUUGACAAAUUAGUCAUGGCAAAAACUACUAUGGUUAUUCCUGUAGAACAAGAUGGUAAAUCAGAAGAACCGACACUUGAUAUCGUAGAAGAUGACAAUACGAGAAAAGGAGGAUUGAAAAAGGAUCAAGCUACCAUUCCUAAUAAAGUUAUAGUCGAUAUGAGAGAAUUCAGGAGUGAAUUGCCAUCUUUAUUGCAUCAACGUGAUAUGGAAAUUGAACCUGUUACAUUACUUAUUGGCGAUUACAUAUUGUCACCCGACAUUUGCGUGGAGAGAAAGAGUAUGGCAGAUCUGAUUGGUUCCUUAAAUUCUGGUAGAUUAUACAAUCAAGCUGUUGCAAUGUCUAGAUAUUAUGCGAAACCUAUGCUUCUUAUAGAAUUUGAUCCAAAUAAACCGUUUGGACUUCAGGGCAAAUAUUAUGUUAGCAGAGAUACAAAAAGCAUUGAAGUAACGAACAAACUGCAAUUGCUUACAAUUCAUUUUCCUAGAUUAAAAUUAGUGUGGUCACCCAGUCCUCACGCUACUGCACAACUUUUUGAAGAAUUGAAGAAAGGUAGAUCUCAACCAGACGGUGCAAAAGCUGCACUGGUCGGAUUGGACGAUGAUUGUGACGACAAAAAUAUAAUGGCUGAAAAAUAUAACAGUCAUAUUCAAGAUUUUGUAGCCAAGUUACCAGGCGUGCAUUCAAAAAAUUUACGUGUUAUCUUGAACAAAGGUUGCUCUUUAGAUCAUAUGUGCUCAUUAAGUCUGGAGGAAAUAACUGAAAUGAUCGGUAACAAAAGCGAUGCCGAAUUGUUAUACAGGUCUUUCCAUGAUAAACAUAAACCAGAUCACGAACCAUCAACUAGUGGAUCUAUUAAAGGAGGCCCCUCGAAAGUUAAAAGCAGAGGGUUAUUUUUUAAAACGAGAGGAAAAUAAAUUAUUAUG